AUGUCCACGUCGGGCCACAGCUCCGGCGACUCAACCCAAAUCGCGUUGGCCGUUGCUGCUCCCGUCGUCUUGGCCUUGAUCGUCGUGCUGUUCUGGACCCACCGCCGUGCCGCCCGCGCGCGCCGUCGGGAAUUGGCGGAGCGCCGACGUCGCGCGUCCGCCUCGGCCAGUCUGCAGGCGGCGUUGGCGGUCCUGCGGAUGCAGGCGCCGCCCCCGCCAAUGCGCACUAGGUAUCGUGACGGGACGUCGUCGGGCUCCUCCGUCCCGCGCGGCGGGACUCGGGAGCCGGCGGUGGCCACGGAGGAGCUGCUGGUGUGCACGUACCUGAGGGCCGACGGGUGGCGGGAGGCGACGUGCCCGGUGUGCCUGUCGGAGAUGGAGGACGGCGAGACCGUCAGGGUGCUGCCGGUGUGCAUGCACUACUUCCACGACGCCUGCGUCGGCGAGUGGCUGCGGGAGAACGAUACCUGCCCGCUCUGCCGCGGGCCGCCUUCUGCAGGAACCGAUCCUGCCGCGGCCGUGUGA